AUGUAAAAAUCAUCUUAUACUCAACGAUUAAUAAAGGAAGGGUAAUUUACAUAUUAUGAGAAUAUUUUCAAAUUGGUUUUCUUUUUUGUCUUAAGUAAUUUUUCAUCUGUUAACUAAUUUAGUUGUUAUUACCCUCUAUAGUUAUGAUAUCAUCAAAUUUUAGUAAUUCCUUUAAGAAAAGAACUUCAGAAGAUUUGAUUGGAGAAAUAUUAAAUGGCUUUAAGUUGGAUUGAUUUUGAUACAUGUAUAUAACUCUAUCUUAAUAAUAGAUUACAAAAUAAUUAAAUAAGAGGUUUGUGACAGAUUAUGUGGAAAGAUAAUUAGAUUCAAAAUAUAUAGAAAUUAUCGAUAAUUUAGAGUACAAUAAAUAGCUAAAUGGAUUUAUGACACAGUAUACUACACAUGUGCAACUCUCUUGCCAUUCUUUAUAUUUAAAAAUGAAAGAUGGUUCCCUAAAGAACUUGGAGGAUCUAAUUUUAAAGAGACUUUAUAUGAUUUUCCUAAUAUCCCAGAAGUACAAUUAUACAUUAGUAUUUUAUUAGAAUACUUUUGGUUCCCAUAUAUCAUAUGAUUUAGCAUCUAGUCAUAUUCAUGCCUUAUUGUUACUAAUGUUUUAUGGUACAAAGAUAGAACUAAAGUAUUGGGAAUAUUUAUUGCAUCAUUCACUUGCUGUUAAUUUACUUUAUUGGAAUUAUUGUUUUAUUACUCCAUGAUAUUAGUGAUAUAUUCUUGGCCUUAGGAAGAACUUAUGGAGAUCUUGGUUAAAAUAAGAUUUUAGUUCAUAUUGGAUUUUCAUCAAUAUAAAUAUCUUGGUUGUAUACAAGAAAAUAUGUGUUAUCAAUUAAGAUUUAUGAUUGUAUUGGUAAAAUUUUGAAUGUAUUUUAGGGAACAAACAAAAAAUUCCUAUUAUAAUUAAAUUGGAUUGAUGGUAUUACUGUUUGGUAUGCAUAUUUAUUGGAAAAUAAUUAUGAUUAAAGUAGGAUUGGAAAUUUACUCAUCGGGUAGUUAUAAAAAUAUUUACGAUAAUAGAGAAAAUAAGUUGGAUCAUAAGAAAGAGAAUUGA